GCGGGCUGGCCGGAGGGAGCAGCCGGCGUUGGGCCCAUGGCAGCGCCGGCCUGACCCCGACGCUUUAGUCCCUCUCGUACUUGGAAGGCGGCGGCACUACCAUGUUACCGAGCCAGGCCGGGGCCGGGAACGGCGCUGCCGCCCUGCCCCGGAGCUCGGUCAUGGGCAUGGCACGGACGUCCUCCGGCCGCCCAGGGGCCGGGCUCUCCCGGGGGGCGAACGGCGGCGGCGGCGGCGGCUCUGCAGCAGUCCGCGGCCCCGGCAAUGGGACGGGCCCGCCUAGCGGCCAGGCGGGGACGGUCGGGGGCCGCUUCGACCGGGACGUGCCGGCGGCCAGCGGCAGCGAAGACUCGGACUCGGCCGAAGACGAGGAGCUGGUGGGCGACCGGCGCGGCCUGAAGCGGACUUUGGGUGACAUGGAACUGGGGGUGGUGGGGGGCCCGGAGGUGGCGGCGGCGGCGGCCGUGGCGGCGGCCGGCUACGGCGGGGUGAGCGGGGCCGUGAGCGGCGCCAAGCCCGGCAAGAAGACCCGCGGCCGCGUCAAGAUCAAGAUGGAAUUCAUCGACAACAAACUGCGGCGCUACACCACGUUCAGCAAGAGGAAGACGGGCAUCAUGAAGAAGGCCUACGAACUUUCCACCCUAACGGGCACUCAAGUGUUGUUGCUUGUGGCCAGCGAGACGGGCCACGUCUACACGUUUGCCACGCGGAAGCUGCAGCCCAUGAUCACCAGUGAGACGGGGAAAGCGCUGAUUCAGACAUGCUUGAACUCUCCUGACUCCCCUCCUCGGUCAGACCCAACCACUGAUCAGCGUAUGAGCGCUACGGGCUUUGAGGAGACGGAUCUCACGUAUCAGGUGUCUGAGUCGGACAGCAGCGGGGAAACAAAGGACUCGCUGAAGCCUGCGUUCACGGUCACCAACCUGCCGGGGACGACGUCGACCAUCCAGACGGCGCCCACCACCUCCACCUCCAUGCAGGUCAGCAGCGGCCCCUCGUUCCCCAUCACCAACUACCUAGCGCCCGUCUCUGCCAGCGUCAGCCCCAACACGGUCACCAGUGCCAACGGGACAGUGCUGAAAACCACUGGAACCAGUGCGGUGGCCUCCGGAGGGCUAAUGCAGCUGCCCCCCGGCUUCACGCUCAUGUCAGGUGCUCCACUCCCUCCCGGGACCCCUACCAUUCCUCUCACUCAGUUACAGCCGCACUCGCUGGCCCUCUCCGGGCAGCAGGGCCAGGCGGUGGGUGCAGGGGCACCUGGACAGCUGCAGCAGGGCCAGCAGGCAGUCUUCCGAUUCCCAGGCACGGCCGGAGGGCAGAUUGUGUCCAUGACAGGUGGCACGGUGGCUCAACAGGUGCCUGUGCAAGCCAUCCAGGUGCAUCAGGCUCCCCAGCAGACGUCUCCCACAAGUGACAGCAGCACUGACCUCACCCAGACCUCUUCCAGCGGGACAGUGACCCUGCCGGCUACUAUCAUGACUUCAUCCGUGCCAACCACAGUGGGCGGCCACAUGAUGUACCCCAGUUCGCACGCAGUGAUGUAUGCUCCAACGUCAGGCCUCACGGAUGGUGGGCUCGCGGUUCUCAACGCCUUCUCCCAGGCACCAUCAGCAAUGCAGGUUUCACACGGGCAGGUCCAGGAUCAGGGUGGAGUCCCUCAGGUGUUCCUGACAGCACCAUCGGGAACAGUUCAAAUCCCAGUCUCGGCUGUUCAGCUUCAUCAGAUGGCCGUGAUCGGGCAGCAGUCCAGCAGCAGCACCAACCUGACAGAGCUGCAGGUGGUCAACUUGGAUACGUCACAUAGUUCCAAGAGUGACUGA